AUGAACUUCGGCAUAGUGAUUUCUUCAGCCGGAGCGACCGCACUGCUCAGCUUUUGCUUCUUAGCCGCAGCGAUCGGAAGCGAUUACUGGUACAUCAUUGAAGUGGACAAAGCGAACUGCACACACUCGGAAGACCUGGAUUCUCACUCCGGACUGUGGCGAAUAUACGAAGGUAAAAAUGCCAGUUCCUAUUUCAUCCAUUCUUUCCUUGUGGACACCACAAAUUACACAGAGCCGGAGAGACAUCUGCUAAACUUGCACAAGGUGGUUGUAGUGCUGCUUCCGCUUACCCUGGUGCUCUUGGUGUUUGGGUGGAUUUGUGGCCUCGUCAGCUCUCUGGCCCGCAGCAAGUCCUUGCUCUCAGGCACCGCCUCUUACUUCCUCCUCUGCAGCCUGCUGACAUUAUCUGGGGUGAGUGUCUACAUCAGCUACUCACAGCAGGCCUUGGAAGAGCUGGAACGCCUAAUCGGAACAGAGCAGCUUGCCCAUGUCCAUGUGUCUUAUGGCUGGUCGCUGGGUGUGGCCUGGCUGGCCUUCAGCCUGCAAGUCGCCACAGGUUUGCUGCUGUUUCUGGCAUCCAGAAUGACACAUGUGGACCAUGGUGGUGUACCCAGUCCUGCUGCAGGCUCCCUGACCUAGAGCCACGUCGACCCGGGUUCCUGGGUCAUGAAAAAUUAAGCUUUGUUGCAGUGCAUCCAGCCUCUCACGUUCCUGUAUCGUCAAUCCAACCUCCAUGAUCACCUCAUGAACAACAGCAUCAUUACUGGAAAUCAGCAAGUUUC